UCUUCCACUCUUUUCUUUGUCUCCAUCUAUCUGUAUUGCCAUGAACAUCUUUGGUGCAGAGGCAACUGAGGAGAAGGCCGAGAACGCGCGUCUUGCCUCCUUCGUCGGCGCACUCGCCCUCGGAGAUCUCGUCAAAUCCACACUUGGCCCCAAGGGCAUGAACAAGAUCCUCCAGUCAGCAUCAUCCGGAGAGAUCAAUGUCACCAACGAUGGCGCAACAAUCCUCAAGUCCAUUCAACUCGACAAUGCCGCCGCCAAGAUUCUCGUCAACAUCUCAAAGGUCCAGGACGAUGAAGUCGGCGACGGUACAACUAGCGUUUGCGUCCUGGCUGCAGAGCUCCUCAGGGAGGCCGAGAAGCUCAUCGCCCAGAAGAUCCACCCACAAACCAUCAUCGAGGGUUUCCGUAUAGCCAGCGCUGCGUCUCUUCGAGCACUCGAGAAGGCUGCCCAGGACAACAGCACCGAUCCCGCUCGCUUCAGGCAAGAUCUUGUUAACAUUGCCCGGACUACCCUCUCCUCAAAAGUCCUCUCCCAGGACAAGGAUUACUUCGCCAACCUCGCUGUAGAUGCCGUGCUUCGACUCAAGGGUUCGACAAACCUGGAGCAUAUCCAGGUCAUCAAAAAGGCUGGGGGCAAGCUCACGGACUCGUAUCUAGAUGAAGGUUUCAUCCUUGACAAGACCAUCGGGACCAAUUGCCCGAAGCGACUUGAAAAUGCCAAGAUCCUCAUUGCGAACACCUCCAUGGAUACCGACAAGAUUAAGGUCUUUGGUGCUCGGAUCAAGGUUGAUAGUACUGGCAAACUUGCCGAGCUUGAGCGUGCCGAGAAGGAGAAGAUGAAGUCUAAGGUGGAUGCGAUUGCUGCUCACGGGAUCAACUGCUUCGUCAAUCGUCAACUUAUCUACAACUACCCCGAGUCACUUCUUGCCGAAAAGGGUAUCCUCACGAUUGAGCAUGCAGAUUUCGAGGGCGUGGAGCGCCUUGCGCUUGUCACUGGCGGUGAGAUCGCUAGCACGUUUGACCAUCCCGAGCUCGUCAAGCUCGGACGAUGUGAGCUGAUCGAGGAGGUCAUGAUUGGCGAAGAUAAGUUGAUCAAGUUCUCCGGCGUCGCGGCGGGUGAAGCGUGCACCGUCGUCCUGCGGGGUUCAACGAAUCAGAUGAUUGACGAGGCAGAACGCUCGCUCCACGAUGCUCUUUCGGUCUUGUCGCAAACUGUCAAGGAGACACGUAUUGUGCUUGGCGGAGGCUGCUCGGAGAUGCUCAUGAGCUGUGCCGUCGACGAGGAGGCGCGGAAAAUCCAGGGCAAGAAGGCGAUUGCUGCAGAGGCAUUCGGCAGGGCGCUCAGGAUGAUCCCGACUAUCUUGGCGGACAACGCAGGUUAUGACUCCUCGGACUUGGUCGCGAAACUUCGAGCGGCGCACUACGAAGGCAAAAGCGACGCAGGGCUCGACAUGAACGAGGGCUCGAUUGGAUCAAUGGUGAAGUUGGGGGUCACGGAGAGCUACAAGCUCAAGAGGCAGGUCGUCAUCAGCGCCAGUGAAGCGGCUGAGAUGAUUCUCCGAGUGGAUGACAUCUUGAGAGCCACGCCACGGAAGCGAGAAGCGGUAUAGAAAUAUAAUGUAUCCAUGAAAUAUUCCUGUACAGUUUACAUUGCCAGCAUCAAUGAUUUUGGUCACUUGCGGUCAAG